AAACUUCAGUGCUGUUGAGUCAUGUCAAAGUUGAUCAUUGUGAUGAUUCUUGAUUGAUAACAAAUAACAAUUUUAUACAAUUGAAUAAACGUGUUAAACAUUUGGAUUAAACAAACAAAGAAAAAAGUUUUAAUAAUAAAUAUAUUUAAACAAUGUUAAAGGAUUAAUCAUCUUGAUAUUUAUCAUGAUGACAGUUCAUCAUUGUAAUCUUACAUAAUGACAGCUACAAUAUUUGUCAACAUUCCAAUAUUGUGACAGAAAAAUAAAAACAUAUAUUGUGCUAAACUAUUAAAUAUUUCAACUACGCAUUUUUAUUGUGGUAAUAAGGAUAAAUUAAUUUAACAAUGUCAUCAUCUAAAUUUGGCAUGCCAAGUAUGCAAGAAAUUCUUGAGUUAGCAAAAUUACUCAGAAAAAAUGGUGAUAAAGUAUUAAAUGGUACAUGUAAACUUUCUUUAUCAUCAAAACUUUUGCACAAUUUAAAUUAUGCAUUUACAUUUAUAAUUGAUGAUUCAAAAGAUUUUGAAAGUUCAUUUCAAGUAUGUAAUAGUUCAGAAAUUGAAAUAUUUAGAGAUUUAAAAUUUUUACAUGAUUUUGUACAAAAAACAAUAUGGUUAAAAAUAACUCAUACACAAAAUGAACAAAAAAAAAUCAUUGACAUAACAAAAUUUCGUCAUUUACGUUAUUUAGAAUUACAAAAAAUAUGUAUUGAUUUGGUGAAUGGUAUACAAGGUGUUAGAGGACAAUUAGAAAGUAUAACAUGUACUGGUGCUGGUGGUGUUGGUACUAUUGGAAGAUUACUUGUAGCAUGUGGUGGUGAUGCUGGUGUUGGUUUUGUAUGGGCAUCAUUAAAUCGUUUAGUAUUACCAUACAAUGGUCUUGGAAGACUUGAUAAAUCACUUGAGCUAGCACCUUGGUUACAAAUCCUCGAUCUUAGUCAUAAUUAUUUAACUGUUGCUGGUGAACUUAAUUGUUUACCAAGUUUAAAAUUUGCUAAUCUUGGAUAUAAUAAACUUGAAGUUGUUCCUGUUUUUAAUAAAGCUGCAUAUCGUACUUUACGUGUACUAGUAUUGAAAAAUAAUUUUAUAGAUAAUUUAAAUGGUCUUGAAGGUUUAGAUUGUCUAGCUGAAUUGGAUCUAUCUUAUAAUUGUUUGUCUGAACAUUCAGUACUUUGGCCAAUUGAAGCAAUGUCUUCAUUACAAUGGAUAUCACUUGAAGGUAAUCCUUUGUCAUAUCAUCAACGUCAUAGAAUUUUAACAAUGAAAUAUUUGCAUGCAUCACUAGCUGAAAGUAAAUUUAUUCUUGAUCAAUCACCAUUAUCUAAAUCAGAAAAAUUACUUGUUUCUGAAAAUCGUUUAUAUACAAUAAGAUCAGCAGCUUCACCUUGUCGUGAUAAUUUAUCAACAACACCACUAUCAACAUCAAUGAUAUCUGACACUACAACUGCAUCAAUUGAAACACCAGUUUCAAUAAGCUCAAUGACAACUGAUGUUGUUAUAAAUAAUACAUCAAAAACGAUGAUGAAAAUUAAAAAAAAAAGAAAUUUACAAGAAGCAAUUAUUGCUGAUGAUGAUGAAUGUGAUGAUAAAACAAUAGAUACAAGUAUAUUAUCAGCAUCAUAUUCAGAUCCAUCAACUGAUCAUUUAGAAACUAAAAAAAAAAUGUUAGCAUUAAGAGAAAAAUUUGGUAAUGAUAAUUGGUUGAGUAGUCAUGCUGGUUCAUUUGUACAAGAUAUUAUGGGUAUUGAAAGAACAACUGGAGUAGUUCUUAGCUCAACACCGUCAAUGGAAGCAUCAUCAUUUAUUCAAGCUGAUCGUAUUAAUAUUAAUAAUGAAACUGAACAUUGGAAUUCACCAGGUGCUAGUAGUGAAUAUGCUGAAAAAAAGAUAGAUGAUGAAAAAACCAUUAAUGAAAAUACUGAUCAAUUGAUUAAUCAAAUUGAAGAGAACAGUACAAUAUUAGAAGAAGAUACAAAUCAACAAAUUAAAAGUAAUAUAGAAACUUGCUAUGAUUCAGAAGAUGAAGAAGGAGAAUUAUAUUUAGUACAAAAAAUAAAAAAUAAUGAUGAAGAAGAAAUGGAAGAAAUUUUUUUAAUAAUAUCACAAGAUCUUAUUAAAGAAAGAGAUUCAAUAACAAGAAAAAUUAAAUAUCGUUGGUCAACAGAUAGUGUGUUGUCUUGUGUCAUGGGUCGUGGUGAAAAAACAACAAUUGAUUUAAUAUUUGAUACAGCAAGAAGAGACAGACAAAAUCGAACAUAUUUUGUUGAACCAGAAGAUGCUAUUAAAAUUGUUAAAACAAUAAGUGAUUGGUCAGAAAAACGACCAAUUUUACUUAAAGUAUUUAAAUGUAUGAAAUGUUCAACACAUUUUUCACAGGAUCCAGAUUAUUUUUCUACUGCUACUCCAUCAACAAUAUCACAAAUAAAACCACCAACUUGUCCAUCAUGUGAUAGUAAUUUAGUCAUUCAAACAGAUGAAUUACUUACACCUAAAAAAGAUGCUAAAAAUUCAAUUGAAAAUAAUUCAAGCCCAUGUAAGACUGAUAUUUCAAAUGAUAAUAAUGAAGAUAAUCAAAUAGACACAAAUCUUCAACGUUCUGCAUCCUACUCGAGUAUUGGCUCAGCAACGAGUUUAGAAGAAUCAAGAGAAUCAACACCAUCAGCUAAUACACUGCCAAGAAAAUGUGAUAGUGACAUUGAAAUAUUGAGUAAUCCAAGUCAAAGUAGCAUUGAAGUACUUGAUGAUGGUACAAAAUCAACAUCAACACCAAGUAGAAAAAGAUCAUCUGAAGAGCGUAGAAUUGCUGUUGCUCCAAGUCUCUUGACCAUUCCAGAUGUAGCUCCUGUUAUGCCAGGAUUAACUGAAAGUAGCUCUUCAGGUUCUUUAACAGAUAGUGUUUGUACUGCUUAUGAAAAUAAAAAUAUUAAAAAUUCUGAUAAAAUUGUUGGUGAACAAAAUAUAAAAAAUGAAGCUGAAAAAGAUAGCUCUUAUACUCCUGUUGCAAAUAUAACAUCAAUGCUUGGUGGUUUACUUGAAAGUAUGAAAAUUGGUACUACCAAAGGUUCACCAAUAAAACUUGAUAAUUCAACAGAAUUAUUUAUCAGUGACAUUGAAUAUUCAUACACUGAUUUUUGUAGUGUAGAUCAUAGAAUUAAAUUACAUCUUAUAUUGAAUGUUUUUGAACAAGAAAAUGAAGAACUUGUUUUAUUUUUGAGGUCGGAAAUAUUAAUGCAAAAUCAGACAAGAACUUUUCCAGGCUGUAUUGUUUUGUCAACACUUAAAAUGUAUGUAUUAAAAAUAAUUGGUCAAGAAGGUGAUGAUCCACAAAAUUGGCUACAAAAAGAAAUAAGUUGGACAACUGAUAGACUUCGUACAUUUGCACCAUUACCAUUUAAACAAGGUGUACUUAUUGAGCUUCAACAACCAAAUAAAAUUGCUGAUGAAUCAUCAAAUUUAACAUUGAUGUGUAUUUUACAAGAUUUUCAAAGAACAUCAAAUGUAUUAUUUUAUUUGACUGACUUAUCAUUGCCAAAUAGUUGUGAAGUUGAAUUUUCAAUACCUGAACAAUGCACAACAUCAAUUCACAAUUUAAUGUCAUUGUCAGCUUAUCAUCGUAAUGGUGAUGCUGUUAGAAUUCUUGCAUUAUUUUCAAGUGCAACAUUAAAGCUAGAGGAUAAUGAAAAAAAACUUAAUAUUGGUGGACUUGUCAUAACAACAUCAUCAUUAAUAUUAACUGAAGAUAAAAUUCAUUGGUUACUACCUGAAUCAAAUGAAACACCUAUUAAAUUUACUGAACAAGCAAUUUCUAAUUUAAUUGAAGUUAUAUUUGACGAGUCAUCAUUGGGCUUAAGCUUUCUUGAUGAAGUUGCUGGCAUUGAGGAAUUAUGGACACUUAAAUUUGUAUCAACUGGUGCUGCUGAAGCUGUUGUUAAUGCUAUUCAGCCACCUUGGGAAGAAUUAUUUUCUGUACCACUUCAAAUAACAACUAAAACACAAAUUAUACCCAGUACUGACCAAAAAUCAUAGUGUCUUUAUUAAAUUAAUUUUACAAUUUAGAUAAUUAAAAUUUAAAAUUUGUUAUGUCAAAGUUUGAUGAAGUGUAAAUUUUAUGCCUCUCAAAAUUAAAUAAUAAUAAUAAUAAUAAAUUAUUAAUGUUAUUUGAAAUGAAAAAUUUAAAUUUUUAUAUAUAAAAUAUUUUUUGCUUUGCUAUUUGUUUAUUUUACUGUGAAAUAAUUAUUUAAUUUAAAAAUACAGUCAAAAUACUUGCCGACUAAAAAACUGUGAUAUUUAAAAUAUAUAUUAACAAAAUAAAUAAUAAAUAAAUAUGUAUAUGAAAGUUAA